AUGCACAAGCUGGUAUUCUGCUGUCUCAUUAUCAUCAGCUUCUCCUGUCCUCUCUUGUCUGUCCCCAUCAUCAAUGCCAGUGAGAUGUCUUAUCAGCUCUCAGCCGAUGAAGAUUCCAGAUUGAAUCUGGAGAGGUUGGGCAGCCUGGGAAGCACUUCCCUGCUUCGGUUCCUGCCAGGGCUCCCAGGCACAUCAACUGGAGACGACAAAGCAGGUAUUAGCCCCAGCAGCUACAACCCAAGGGAAAAUAUCAAAGAGAUUUUCUACGGAAGUCACCCUCGAAUUGCUUUGCUGGGCCGCUUGUUGACCAAGGACAGGAAACAGUAUAAGAAACGUGGGAAUCUUUCUGAAUGCUUCUGGAAAUAUUGCGUGUAA